CGACGUUUGCGAAAGGAGGAAGCAGCAGCGGAGAAUAACGUGGAUCAAGCUCGAUCUGUUUUAAUGUUUAUUGUUUCUCAGUCAUGGAUCCAGAUCCAGAUCUCACCAUCGUCCUUCUGGGAAACACCGGAGUUGGUAAAAGUGCUUCAGGAAACACCAUCCUGGGACGACCAGCGUUUGAGGCUAAACAAUCCUUCUGGCCUGUGACAACGCAGAUCUCUAUACAAUCUGGAACUGUGUUUGAGAAACAGAUCUCAGUGAUCGACACUCCGGGAAUAUUAGGAUCUGAGAGGGAGAUUCAGACCCUGUGUCAGGAGCUCCUGCAGUCCUCCAGACCUCGUCUGUUCCUGGUGGUGUUCAGCGUCGGACCGUUCACCAAAGAACAAGCAAAGGUUGUGAAGGCAGUAGAAAGAGUCCUCGGACCUCAGGGGUUCAGUAAGUGCCACCUGGUCUUCACACAUGGAGACGCCUUACAGGACCGGUCUCUGGAGGAUUUCAUCUUUGGAGAUGAAGAAAGUUCAUCGUACCAUGCAGCAUUUUCAGGGAGAUGUCAUCUGUUCAACAAUAAAAACAGAGAAGAGGAACAAGUCAGAGAGCUGCUGAUGAAGACAGGCCACCUCAGAACCCAGCAGCUACCUGACUCACCAGACAGGAGGAUGGUGCUGCUCGGUCUUCCUGGAGGAGGGAAGAGUUCAUCAGGAAACACCAUCCUGGGAUCAGAACGGUUUGAAUCAGUCAGUGGCUUUGAUUCAGUCAGAACUGAGACUGUCUCUAAGUCAGCUACAACCGAGGGUCGUCGUGUCACGGUGGUCGAUACUCCAGGAAUCACUGAUGAAGUUCUGACUCUUGAACAGCUGUUUGGAGAGAUCAUGAAGUGGAUAGUAGUGGCCAAUCCAGGACCACAUGCCUUUGUUAUUGUGGUCAGAAUUGGCAGUGUUUCUGCAGCAGACAUCAAAGUGUUUGAGAUGCUGCAAAAACUGUUUGGUAGCGAUGCUCGUAAGUAUGCAAUGGUCCUUUUCACUCAUGGAGAUGAACUGAAAGGUCUGUCCAUUGAUCAGAAGAUCCUGGCCAACAGACAUGUGUCUGACCUGGUCUCCAUGUGUGGUGGUAGAUUCUGUGUGUUUGACAACACAAAGAGAGGAAACAGGGUGCAGGUUAGAGACCUUCUGGAUAAAAUAGAUCAGAUGGUAACAGAUAAUGGUGGACAGAACUACACAGAUGAGAUGUUCAGGAUGGCUCAGACAGGCAGUGGUGGUUGGAUGAACAGAUACUAG